AUGUGCAGAACUAGUACAUCGCCUCCGGCGAAGCACUUUGCUCUCUGCCACGUUAUUCGAGGUGCAAACAUUAUCUCUUUGUACCCCAGUGGUACUCAAAUGCAAUCUGCCGUCUCUGUCGGUUUGCGCAAAGCCCAGGAUGUUGGUGUACAUAGAAACAACCCUGCGUAUCUCUCUCAAGGAAUUGACAACGAGCCCAAUCGCAGCUCAAAGAACGCAGCAACACAAGUUCGCCUUGCAACCCCCGAGACGGAUGUUCCUUCAAAAGGACGAAGCGCCCUCCAUUUCUCCUCUCCCCCACCCCUAUCCGUAUCUGAAGGGACCUGGCUACUAUGUCCUUGGUUCUUGGCGCUUUCCAAGGGAAAGAAAACCCGCUUAACAAUGACUAUCGGUCCCCUUUCUCCAACCCGCCCUCCCCUUAUCCUUCCUUCUUUCGAAAAUUUCCACUCAUCCAUAGAAAAGCUUCGAACGAACGCAUCCCUCUAUUCACACCACGAAGAAAAAACACGAAGAAGCCGAGGAGCCUCCCAGUGCGAACUUGGACUCAAACGCGGAAUAUCGAUUCAACAUGGGGCAGGAUCAGACGCCAGGGUCGUUGUUGGGCUCAAAUCAUCGUACUGGCAGUCUGAGCGGGAGUGGGGGUGGGAGUGGUGA